AUGCCACACUUGUUUUUUUCCUGCUAGCCAUGAGCAGGCAGUGCUUGGAGCCAGGCGCUGCUGCCUGCCACGGGGCCUACACACCCUCAUCCCGCAGGCAGAGCAGUGGGUGGGGGUCUGCCGGGGGCGUCCGAUCCCGGCUUCUGCCUCCCCUCCUGCUUCGAACCUGCCCCGUCCCCCCCGUCCCCGUCCCCGUCCCCCCCCAAGGGGCCACCGUGCCUAGCACCCGGAACCAGUGACUCUGUGACAUCAGCCCUGUUGCUGAGGGCACCGCGGGCAACGUGAGUGCUGCGGGCACUGUGUCGGCUGCUGCGCCACUGGCAACGAGCCCUCGGUUCCUACAGCCCGCACGUGCUGCUGGUAGCGAUGCGCUUGCUCCCCCUCCUCGUCCUGCUGGCCGUGUGCUGGCCUGCGCGUGGCACAUGGGACAACUGUGGAGGGACCUGCGGGCUCCGGCCCAUGGCUUCUUACUACGGCAUGUCGCGUGUCGUGGGUGGCACAAGCUCCCACCCAGGGGCCUGGCCCUGGAUCGUCAGCAUCCAGAAUCCCUGGCUAGCAGGUGUGGGGCAUAUAUGCGGAGGGUCCCUCAUCAGCCCACAGUGGGUUCUCACAGCAGCCCACUGCUUCGUCGAGGCCAGGGACAUCAGGACGUGGCGUGUGGUGGUCGGGACCACCUACUUGACUCAGCUGGGCCCUGAGUCCCAAGUGCGCGGUAUUAGGCGGCUGGUGGCUCACCAACGCUAUAGUAGUAUCUCGCAGAGGAACGACAUUGCGUUGCUGGAAUUGGACCAGCCUGUACAGUGUGGCUACUAUGUACAGCUUGCCUGUGUGCCCAACGCCUGGCUGAAAGUGUCAGAGCUGACAGACUGCUACGUCAGUGGCUGGGGUUCCACACAUGCAAAAUCUGGAGGAUCAACUGCUGUCCUGCAGGAAGCCAGGGUCCCCCUCAUCGAUGUCAACCUCUGUAACAGCAGCCAGUGGUACAGAGGAGCCGUCCACACCCACAACCUGUGUGCUGGCUACCCGCAGGGCGGCAUUGACACCUGCCAGGGUGACAGCGGUGGUCCUCUCGUCUGCAAAGAUAAAAAUGCUGACUACUUCUGGCUUGUUGGAGUGACCAGCUGGGGGAAAGGCUGUGCGAGAGCGAAACGGCCUGGAAUCUACACCUCCACUCAGCACUUCUACGACUGGAUCCUGACACAGAUGGGAUUUCGCUCAGCAGCAAGGGCUUCUCCAACAUCAGGGGCAUGGAGUCAUUUUCUCACUGCCUCAACCCCUUAUCAGAGGCCAACACCAACACAAUCGGGCAAGUUUAGCUCCUGCCCCUUUCCCCUUGGGAAGCUGGUGGAAUUCUUUUCUCGGGCGCAGGAGCUCCUGCUGUUCCUAAAGGAAAAAAAGGCUUGAGCAACAGGAUGAAGAGGAUCCAGUGCAGGCUUGCAGCGUACCACGACCAUUUCUUUCUGGGGCACUGCCUGCUGAGCCAAAGGCAGCCUCAGUGUCAAAGGCCUGCUCCGUCCUGCCCACGCUCCUCCGAGCACACACCAGUGCUGAAGUUGACACAGUUCUUGAAAUAAACUCACCAGUUUUCACAGCUAA